CGCGCUCGAGGACGACUGAAACUUUCUAAAACUGUCACAAAAUGGCAAGUAGAAUCCUGCUGAGAGCCUGUCGGGUGACCCUCAUGGGCAGACAGAGUGUUUUUAUGAAGACCCCUCAACGGGCGAUGGCUGGUAAAGGUAUUCCCACAGAUGAUGAGCAGGCCGCUGGGCUGGAGAGACGCGUCCUGCAGGCCAUGAAGAAGGGCCAGGAUCCCUACAGCAUAUUAAGGCCCAAGCAGUACACCGGCACCAGAGAAGACCCGCAUAUUGUGCCCAGCAUCAAUAACAAACGACUGGUCGGCUGCCUCUGUGAGGAGGAUAACACAGCUAUCGUCUGGUUCUGGCUUCAUGAGGGAAACUCUCAGCGCUGUCCAUCCUGCGGAUCACACUAUAAACUGGUCCAUCAUGAGCUUCCACACUGAACACACACACACCAGCAGAAACACUGAUGCUUCUGCCAUGUACAGCGCUUAAUAAUAAAAAAUAAACUCUUUUAACACAA